CGUCUGUCAAACUGUCAACGACGCGUUGUAAAUGUCUUGUUUAUUUUAAUUUUAAAACAAAUUAAAACCACAACAUGAAUAUACCUUUAUAUCAAAAAUGGAAAGUCAAGCUAUAAUUCUCUCUUUGUGACCGGAGUCAUAAAAAAAUGUAAUGAUGGUUGAAUUUAUGAAAAGAGCUCUCGAAUUAGCAUCUGAGGCAUUAGAUGCACAAGAGGUGCCAGUAGGUUGUGUAUUUACUAUUGGUAAUACAAUUGUCGCUGAAUCAAGAAAUUGUGUUAAUGUAACAAAAAAUCCAACAAGACAUGCUGAAAUAAAUUGUAUUGACUUCAUAUUAGAGCAUUGUAAAGCAAACAAUAUUGAUUAUAACACUUAUUUUACAAAUAUAAGUGUUUAUGUGACUGUGGAACCAUGUAUAAUGUGUGCUGCAGCCUUGCAGAAUUUAAAAGUCAAAGAAGUUGUUUAUGGUUGUGCAAACGACAGAUUUGGCGGGAAAACUGUUUUGGAUGUAAGUGAAUUCUAUGUACAAUAUUACGAACUACGAGGUAACUUAUUAGCAUCAGAAGCAAUGGCAUUAUUGAAGCAAUUUUAUAAAGGGACAAACCCAAAUGUACCAGAAUCAAAAGCUAAAAAGAAAAAGGAUAAUUAAUAAUUAAUAGUUGUAAAAAAAAUGUGUAAUUUAUUCCUAUUGGAAGUUAAGUUCAUUUUCAUAUGAUAUAUCUGAUAUCUGAUUUUAUUAUUUAAACAAAGCUAUUCAUUAAGGUGUUCCCAAAUAGUGUAAUAAAUCCUGAUAAUAUAAAAUA